UCAGACGCAUUUGCAACACCUCCAUCACCUAACCGACAGCCGACCGGCACUCGUCCGUUUUGUGCGGUGUGUGGCUGACAGAAAUGGGAAUCCCGUACUCGAAACAAAUCCACUCAGCCUUCGAUCAGGUCACACCCUUUGUCGCAUGCGGAUUCAGGGUGUUGGAGAAAAUACGGGACAUAUCGAUACUGGUUGCCCUGAUCCAGCUCCUUACAUGCUUCUUCCUUUCGCUGAUUCUACUCACAUUACUUGGACUGCUCAUCACGGUGAAUCCGGAUCUUGAGUUGGAACGGCAGGCUAUCGUGACACCAACUGUGAAAUGGAUUGCCUCGUGGGUGAGCGAUCGCGACGAGAGGCGGUGGAUUGAGGUUUUGUUGUUCGUUGUUCUCGGAGGGGUCGGCUUGGGGGCUUCGGCGGGAUACUACACGAUGCAGGAACACGUUUUGCCAGCAAAUGGCAAUAGAGUCACUGAGGAGGUUGCUGAUGAGGUGGUGGAAGGAGCUGUUGCACAAGGAGGUAGUAGCUAAUCCAAAUCACAGAAUUCACCUGUGAUAUAGAGCAAAGCUUUAGAGAAAAUGUCAACACCAAGACUCAAUGUAUAUCUACCCGAUCUAAUUGGCUGGCAUAAUGCUCCCGUGAGCUUCAUCCGAUUUUACUGACAAGUUUGUGUUGCUAGAUAGAG